AAAUGAAAUUGAUUGCUCUUUUUCUUCUACUGCUUGGAGCAGUUUCCGCGUACAAAUAUGCGGUUUUUGUACCAUAUAUGGCUAAUAGUCAGGUCCAAUUCUGUACUCGUGUGGCCGAAGUUCUUGCCAAUGGAGGACAUGACGUCACAAUGAUUCAUCUUUCUCAUUUGCCAGAUUACAAAACUGAUGUGAAGAUUCCGAAGAAUAUAAAGGUCCAUCGUGUGGAGGCAUAUGUCGAGGGACUUACCAAAGCUCUCCUUGAAAAAGAGCAAUCUGCAUUUAUUUUCAAAGAUACCGGACUGAAGGAUAUGCCAGCUAUGAUGUCAAUGUUCAGUAGAUUCGGAAAAAUGUUCCAAGAUGGAUGUAGGAAUAUUGUGCGAAACAAGGAGUUUAUGAAAUGGCUGGAAAAUGAAAAGUUUGAUGUGGCCUACUCAUAUAUCUAUUCUUCAUGUCCAAUUGGACUAAUCCAUGCUGCAAAGAUUCCAUCUUGGGUAUGGUUGAACAGUGGAGCACUGAUGGAUUUUGUGGCUGAAACAGUCGGUGUACCAAUUAUUCCAAGUUAUGUACCUCCAUUAAUGAUGGAGUCCGAUGAUGAAAUGGGCUUCUUCUUCAGAAUGAAAAGUUUUAUCGGACAUACAUUGAUGACAGUUUUGCACAGAAGAAUGACCUCAAACGGAGAAACUCAAAUUUUCCGUGAUGAACUGAAUGAUCCAAACUUCCCACAUACAAUGGAUCUUGGAGCAAAAUGUCCAUUGGUAAUUGUUAAUAGCAACGAACUUUACGAUCUUCCUCGUCCGACAUUGGCAAAGGUCGUGAAUAUUGGAGGAUUAGGAGUUGGAUUUGACAGUGCCAAACCAUUGACUGGGGAGUUCAAAAAAAUCUCGGAGACCGGAAAAGGAAUGAUUGUAUUCUCAUUUGGAUCCGUUGCAGCAGCUCAUGAUAUGCCAUUAGAAUGGAAGAAUUCAAUUCUCGAAGCAUUCUCCUCACUUCCAGAUUAUCAAUUUUUAAUGAGAUAUGUGGCUGAUGAUUUGAAUGAUAGAUUGCCAAAGAAUGUUCAUUUAUUCAAAUGGCUUCCACAGAAAGAUCUAUUGUUGCAUAAUAAGACUAAAGCAUUCAUUACUCACGGAGGUUAUAAUUCUAUGCAGGAGGCAAUUUCUGCUGGAGUUCCACUGGUCACUAUUGCACUAUUUGGUGAUCAACCCAAAAAUUCCAAAGUUGCAAAAAAACAUGGAUUUGCUGUAAACAUUCAAAAAGGCGAAAUUUCAAAGAAAACGAUUGUAAAAGCAAUUAUGGAAAUUGUGGAGAAUGACAGUUACAAACAAAAAGUGAGUCGACUAUCUGCAAUGGUUCGUGCUCAACCAAUGAAACCAGCUGAACGACUUCUAAAAUGGUCAGAAUUCCUUGCCGAAUUCAAAACUCUUGAUAAUUUGGAGCCAGCUGGUCAAAAGCUUAACUUCUUCCAAUAUCAUUCACUUGAUGUAAUUACAUUCCUUUUCAUUGUUAUUUUCAUUGUAUUUUAUAUUGGAUACCGUUUCAUGAGAGCUGUAAUCAGGUGUUGUUUCUGUAAAAAGUGUGAAACAAAAACUAAAAAGGAUUAGGUUUUUGGAGAUUUUAUAAAUUAUUUUAAUUUGUUUUUUUUGUUUUUUUUAAUUUUAUUUUAUAAUCUUUCGGGUUGAAUAAAUGAUUAAAAA